UCUUACAACUAAGAAGCCACAUUCUGAAAACAAAUUAGGUAAAUCUUGCGUUUAUAAAUAUAAAACAACCACCUGUUGACAUAGUUUUUUCAGCAAACACAGAGCCGUAUGGAAGUAUUGAUUUCCCGCACUGAGCAUGCUCCGUCGCCGUGCUUACGUACAACUCAGAUAAGAUACACUUCCACCCACUCAAAUAACGUUGUUUCCCUAAAUUACACGAUUUUAAUAAACAUUUAACCAUAUAAUUGUGAGUUUUAAUUAAUUAAAAAUAAAGUUCAAUAUAUUUGUGAAGGAUGUGAAAGUUCUUGUGGCAAUAGGGAAGUGAGUUACGGUCAUAUGUUGUCUUCGUGUUAAAAUGGAGGAACUUCUCCAGGACAUUUAUAAGGAAGCAUCUGGAGUGAAGUUUACAGGUCUUAGGAAAUCAUGUCAGGAUGCCCUAGAAUUACUAUGCAUGCAAGAGAACAACGCGCGUCGUGCGUCGUACGAGCUGCGGCGAGCGUGCCUCCUGCCGCUGCAGACGGCGCUGGAAACCAAGCGUCCGCGCCUCGUAACGUACGCCCUGCAGGGGUUCCAUAAAAUACUCCGAGAUGACAGAUUUCACCGAGGAAUUGAGCCGGAAGAUGACUCCCUAUGGAUGCCUUCACAACUUCUCUGCGCUACCGCAUCUGUCAUGUAUCAGUUGCCAGAUACGCAGGUACAAAUCUUCCGCAUGUACCUCUCGCUAGCCCUGUCCCCGCGUCGUACUCUGAACGGUCGCCUGUGUGUGUGGGCGUGCGGUCGGUGCGGGGAGGCGGCGGCCGCGCCCGCGCACGUGGCGGCCGCCGCGCGCGCCGCCGCCGCGCAGGCACUGAGGGCAUACUGCGCACAACUAGAUGAAGAGUGCCAAGAACUGCUCUCAGAGGGAUCUCCGCUGGGCAGGAACCACAUCGUGGCCGUGGGAUGCUACAGUGAAGUGAUACCUGUCAUACAGUACCUAUGCAGCCGGCUAUCUGAAACUCAACUGUCUCCCAAACAGAAUCCUCUAGCACUAUUCUUCUUAGACUGCCUAUUGACUCUGAUGUCAAGUCUAUCAGAGCGAGUGAGCGGCAACUCCCAUUUCACAACGUUCCUCUGGCAGAAGUUCUGUCCGGCUCUCAUCUCCUUUCUCGGAACUCCUCGCGUGGACAAGAAUAUUAAAUCAAGAGAACAUGAUGGUCAUUUGGUGGAUGACUCCGGUCGAGGAUCUGGCGCCUUAAACUCCGCACCCAGCUUUAACAGCAAGCAAGCUAAAGCUAUUUACAGUAUUGCCAACCAGCUGGUCCGCCUAGUAGGGUCCACUUCAAACCUCCGCCCAGUGUUAGAGGCUCUCUACCACCGAAUGCUCCUGUACCCUCCAGUCUCCCACCGAGUAGAGCCUCUGCGGAGUACCAGGGAAAUGCUGCAGAACCCCAAGAGGCUGUGCCAGUUGAUCCUGCUAAAGAAAGUAGAUCAUCAUGAGAGGCACAGUGAUGAUAUGGCGAUUAUAAGAUUAAUAAUGGACGGCAUAGAAGAAUGCGGUAGAAGCGGAAAUCCAGACGUAGUGGCUGCAGCAGUGGAGUGCGUAGUAUCAUUACUGGAUGCACUAGAGAAGCUGUGCUCUGGAACCACUGAGUAUAUAACUCCUGAGAUAGCCACCCUCAUACUGAGCCACUGGCAGAAACUACAGGACGCUGACUAUACUGGACCUUUGACUUAUCAGACGUUGGCUAGAUUGCCAAGCCCGUAUAGAGAUGUGGUGGCGGUGUUACAAAGUACUGAAUCAAAGGAACAUGAUUCAUCAGACACCUCAGGCCCCGAGAACAUAAGUUCAGGCAGUGAGGGCGAGGCAGACUCUGACGCGGACAACGUGUUCCUGCCAGCCCGAGCCAGUCUGCCUACAGGAGAUACUACCACACACGCACAGACUAAACCUAAAGCUGUGCCUAAGACAUUGAACCUUGGCAGAUGCACCAUAACAGAAUGUAACGUGGACUUGGAGAGGCACAACGCGCGGCAAUUCAUCAAAACGCUACAAAACUCACUUCUGCCGAAGCUGCUGAAUCUCCGUACUUGUAUCGAGGUGGACGAAGCAAUGCAAGAGUUUGCAUCAAAGUGUUGCCAGCACAAUGCCGCCCAGCCCCCCGCGACGGCGUGCAUCAUGAACGCGGACGGAGUCUACCUCGCCACGUACGCCGCACUACUGCUCACUCUCAAACAACGGAGGACUAAUUACUAUAACCAACCUAGUAAAGUGCAAGUAUCUCUAACGGAAGAUGAGUUUGUAGAAGAGGUACAAGGCAGUGGCGUCCUUGUAUACCUGUCCGCGACGUGGCUAAGGGAACUCUACCAACAAGUGCUUGCUACUGAUCUACUGCAGGAUGUACCUACUAGUGAUCAUCCAUUGCUGCACUUAUUGUCAGAUCUUGGUGGUUUGGAUCAAAGCCCAGUGAUGUCAGACUGGCAGAAACUGAAGGAAGUCUCGUGUUUCUACAACAACACGGUCGAGUCUCCACAACAUGACGCUAGCUUGCGAUGGGCGAGAAGAAUUUUAACAUGUAUUUGGGACUCCAUGGUGACGGUAUUAAGUGUACCCCUAACCGGAUAUGGCAACAAGAAGCAGAAACUGCAUGGCAUGAUAUCAAAGAAAAUUAACACAUUUGGAAAGAGAAAGCGAAUAGCUUGGGAGGGACUAACGAUACAGUGUCUUGAAGGACUGCAUAAGGCCGCCAGAGUAAGUAAUACUCUGAGCCUACAAAAUCGGUGCAGCAGUAUACUGGCUCUAUUAGCAAACUCUGCCAUCUCACAGCCACCCAAUGGGAAGAUAUUGUCCACACACGCUCUGUCCUUGGAUAUACUCAUUACAGGUGGUCUAGAACUGGGAUCCAAAGCCCCAGAAUGUUGGGAGCAUAUAUUCGCAGCGUGUCAAUAUGUGUCCAGCUUCGAGCACUCUUUGUUCGGACAUCAAGGAAACAAUGCUACGCCUAUAGUCACCAUGCAGACUGGUAGAAAUAAAACCGUAUCUAUACUACAAGCUGAUGCUAAACUGGGGUUGGAUGGCAAAGAUGAUGAGACUUGUGUGGAUGUGUUCAACUUCUUGCAACCAGUCUUAGAAAGCAACGUAAACAACGACAUGUCGGUUGCGAAAAUUGUUGAAGCGUGCAGACAAGAGGGCGGCAACGUGAUAAGUGGCGCGAGCGCGGCCCGUGUGUGCUGCGCACUGGGCGGCGCGGCGGACGCGCUGUACUCGCGCCUGGCCGCCACCACCACGCUGCCCGCACUGCGCGCCGCGCUGCAGAGACUCGUGGCGCACCAUCACCGACUGUUAUUUUGCUCGUGGGAAUCAGACGUGGCUAACAAUAACGUGUGGUGGUGGCGUCGGGGGCCGGGUACUAACGGGGGUAAGGGCGCGGGGGCAGGCGGUGCGGGGGGCGAGGCGGCGCGGGCUCUGUGUCGCGCGGGGGACGUGGCGCUGCGCUGUCUCAGGGCGGCCCGCCCACUCGCGCACCGCAUGGCGAUAUGGACCGUUGUUGGACCACAUUUUAUGCAGGCAGCCUGCCACAAAGACAUCCAGAUUGCGAGCUUAGCAAUUCAGUGUCUGCACGACUGUGCCACUGCACUCCUAAACCAGCAAGUAGAACUACCACACUUCCACUUCAACGAAGCAUUGCUGAAACCUUUCGAAAACCUUCUCUGCUUGGAGCUGUGUGAUGAUGAUAUCCAGGAACAAAUCAUAUCCUGCAUCUGCGAAUUCGUGGAGACCAACAGAAUGGAAAUAAGAUCUGGUUGGCGGCCUCUAUUCAAUACUCUACGAGCGGCUAACAACUCUAACCAAUACUCCGCAAUCUUGGAAAUAUUCAAAGUAUUCCUCAGCACAGACAACACGCUUGUGUUCGCGAAUGCCGCUCUAGACUGCAUACUGUGCCUUCUAAGUCAUAUCAAAGGGCUGCACUACGAAGAAGUGCAAGCCACCGAAGUAAAACCAAAGAAAGUGACCACACCCACCCAAACUAAACCUAGUCUUAGCCUAAAAUUCUCAAAGAAUAGCAAAUUCAUUCCCCUCAGUGAAGAGAAAUCUGAGAAAGUGAUUGUAGACAUGUGUCGGGAGGCAUUAUAUCACUUGGAAAGUUGUGCUGACAUUCUAACGAUGAUGUACAAUAUGCCAAAAUGUCCGAUCUUCAACACCGGUAAUAGGAUCAAAGGGGACAUGCCACUAUGUGUUGUAGACCCCAUAAUACCCAGCGCGUCUCUUGAUAUCACUAAGUUCAUUUCUAAUGACCAUUACGAAGAAGAUCUCAUUUCAUAUCGAAAAUUAUCCACAAGUCUUCCACCUUCGAAUACGACCAAUAACUGUCUUUUGAAACUUGAUAAGCCGAGCAACAUACUGAAAGUAUGGUACGUUCUCAUUGAAGGCUUGAUCUCAGCUACAGUCGUUUGUUCUAAGAAGAAUCAACCUGCUGCUAUGGAGACAUUGUUUAAGUUACUAAGGAACACGGUAGAAGUUCCCGGAACACAUUUUGGUCUUCACUGCAUAAACCAUCUUCUUUUACCCACAGUUCAGAACUGGCUCCGGCAAAUAGCAAAUGUGAAUACUCAUUGGGACAGUGUGAUGCCAAACUUUAAACAGUGUUGCGGCAUGACCACUGAUACUAUUGUCGUUUACUUGCAUCAUCUGCAGCAAAUAAAUGUAGAGAGGUCGACGGUCGACGAAAAGAAUGAACCAGUAGAGAUUGAGCCAAUUGAGAGCGUAGAAGCAACGUUUGCCUUGAAACAAGUAAUGCUUAUUUUGGUAGAAUGUAUCGCUCAACCUCAGGAACCAAUCGCGAGGUUAGGUGCUUCGUGUAUAAGACAUAUAAUUUUAACGUCUGGUCAUUUACUGACAGACAAUCAAUGGGAAAUUGUCUGUACCAGUCUGCACAGAGCUUGUAACGUUAGUUUAACUCCGCUUAAACAACUAACUUAUGCCUUCAAAGAAAACUCGAAUAGUUUUUAUGGAGAUUUAGCCAUGGUAAAAGUAGCUGCACGAAGAGAUUGUUCAGUGAACGAUAAUGUGAGACUGCACGCAAUGGCCCAACAAGUGUUCCUAACUGAACAACUGAAAGGUGAUGGACACGUCAAAAUAACUCCAAAGAAUUCCUCGCAGAACCUAAUGCUGAUUGAUGAUCGGAGUUACAUAUUCCUGAUCUAUCUCCAAGAGUCAAUUAAUUCGUUGAACCCAGACCUGUAUACAGUUAGAAUACCUCAUAGAGGAUUGGUGGUGGGAUUGUUAGCCCAUCAGAUUCUGGUUCAGAUAAUUGCUACGGUGUUGAUUCAAGCAUCAUCAGAUGUCUUCCAAGGUAUCAACAGUAUCUUGAUAGAUAGUCUCAAAACCGGUUCGAAUGUAUGCAACUACAAAUUCUUCUUGAACAGUGACAACAUAGAUUUGUUGUUGAGAAGUUUAGAGUUAUCAUUCACGAGAGCCAUGCAGUUUGACUCGAGGCCAGGAUUGAAGUUUCUCGUACAAAAAGUGUCUAAUUUGGAUCACGCUGCCAACUUGUAUAAGCAAACUACUUCUUCGUGGCUGAUCAAAAUAAUUGCGUUGACUGAGAUAUUCUUCAAUGGCGUUCAUAAAUUUAAACUGAAGUCAACAGAUUUAUCGAUAAUAUUGCAUAAUUACACGACGUCUUUAAAUUUGACUAUGGAAUAUGAUCAGUUUGUCACAAAGAUAUUCGAUCUGAAGCAUACAUGGGAGCUGUUAUGUCACAAUUAUGUGAAGCACCUGAUAAGUGUUUCAGAUUUUGAUAACAACGAUAUAAAAGAGAGAAUGUCUUGCAGUUCGGUAGAAAGUGACAAUUCUUCGAAUCACUACGAUCAGUACUACGCUCAGGAUCCAAAUGACAAUACUGACGAGCCGGUAAUAAAUAAAGAACAAAACUCACCAGAGAAAAUAAUUGAAAAGCCUAAGCCGUUCACUUUUGCUGAUUUCAAAGCAAACAGUCAAGGAUCUAUCACUGUCGAGAUUCACACAGAAAAUAUACCAUCGAAUAAGAAGAUAAAAGAAGACACUAUUGCUAAUGAAAGUAAUAUAGAUAGCGACCAGCAUUCGACUGCAAGCAGCGAAGCUAAUGACGAUAAACAUACAAAUGGUCACAUGCCACAAGAAAUUGAGAUACACAAGGAGACUCCUAUAAAAGAAAAGAAAGGCAGUAUACCAGAUAUUAUAGAGAACCACAGUAUAGAUAAUACACGGAAACUAAACCUUUCUAUUUGCGACACGGUGUCGUAUGAGAAGGUGAAGGUGGCUGAACCAAUACUGCCACCGCAACCGGUACCGCCUGAAAUUGAACAACAACGAGCUUUGAGUAUUAGCAAGGACACUGAAGUACAACGAAACUGCUUUCAAAACAUUUUAAUGGCAUAUCUCGAAUUGGUCUUGACGUUUUCCCUCGAGAGGUUCCAACUGAUCCACCCAGUACUGCAGAGUGGAUUCGUGCAACUCGCCAAAACUGUCACCGACCCACAACUACUCGAUAGAAUCAAUAUAUUUUUCGAUAAAAAAGACUUAUCUGAACUUAACUAUAAGUGAUCAAUUAAUUGUGAUAUAUAAAAUUCACACUAUGAUUAUUAUAUUCCUCGAUUGUUCGGUGUUAUGUGAAAAUAAAGUCAUAUUAUAAUGUGAUCAUUAUUUAUUUGUAUUAUCCCAACAUUUGGUUACCCCAGGAGGUAA